GCAGCGCCAACAAAUUCCCCCCGCUCCCCCGACGUGCACCCCUCCAAGCGCCCGCGCCCGUCGUCUCCCGACAAGGACUCGCCAACGUCACUACCGUCGGCAGGCGCAACGUCGCCGACCAGCGAGCACGCUCACGAUGGGGGAGCCGCCCAUGGCCUCGGCCUCGGCGGCAAGAUUGGCCAGAGUAGCAGCUUCCGCAAUGUCAGCGCCUGCAACCGCUGCCGCCUGCGCAAAAACCGAUGCGACCAGAAGCUGCCGAGCUGUGCAAGCUGCGAGAAGGCCAAUGUCAACUGCGUCGGAUACGACCCAAUCACCAAAAAGGAGAUCCCGCGCAGCUACAUCUUUUAUCUCGAGAAGAGGGUAGAGCAGCUCGAAUCCCUCCUGAUAUCCAAGGGCGUGGCUUUCCCGCCCGCAGAAAACCUCGAGUACUCGUCUAAGACGGGCAACGGCUCAAGCGCCGCCCGCUCCCCCACCGACGGGGCCUCGUCGUCGUAUGGCGACUCCAGGGACCCUGCCGCCGGCGCCAAGGCAGAGCUCAAUGGGGACGAUAGCACAACUACAGGUCGAUUACAGAGGCUGGUGUCUAAGGCCGGUGGUGGCAUCGCGGGCGGCGUGCCCGGCGUCGCAAACCACCGGCAUCUCGGCGCCACGGCCGGCGUGUCCUUUGCGCGCGUCGUCUUUGCUGCCGUUCAGUCAUCUGUGUCGGACCAGAAGUCCAUGUCGGACAAGGCGGGGAUACGGCCGUACAAGCCCAUAGCCGGCAACAGUGGCCCCGCCGGUGCCGGCGCCGGGACUUCGAUGCGCGAUUCCUUCUUUGGCUUGCACACCAAGCCCACUAUCCAUCCGGCGCCCUUUCCCGACAAGACGCUCGGCCGCAGGCUGCUCACUCUCUACUUUGAACACGCCAACCCCCAGAUCCCCGUGCUGCAUAGAGGCGCGUUCAUGGAGAUGUUCGACCAGGCCUAUGCCGACGAGGGCCGCCAGCGAGGGCCGCGAGAGCUGUACAUGCUGAACAUGGUGUUUGCCAUAGGGGCAGGCAUCAUCCUCGCCGACUCGGCAAAGUCCAACACGCCAACUACGCAAACCCCCGACGCGCCCCCCGGGUCGCGGCAAGCCCAGCCCGAGGAGUAUCACGCGAGCGCCAUCGUGCAUCUUGAGGCCUGCCUUGGCAGUGGCGGCGGCUUGGAGGAGCUGCAGGCUGUACUGCUUCUGGCCAAUUUUGCCCUGUUGAGACCCGUUCCUCCUGGAUUAUGGUAUAUUAUUGGCGUCGCGGUCAGGUUAGCGGUUGAUUUAGGGCUACAUUACGAGGAUGGAAAGGACAUCGACUCGGGUCUCGGGGAUGCGACGGCACAGCAGCAGCAGAGCGAGACCAACGUGCGGGAACGCGGUAGGCGGCAGUACGUGCGCGACCUGAGACGGCGGCUGUGGUGGUGCACCUACUCGUUCGACCGGCUUGUCAGCAUCUGCGUCGGGCGCCCCUUUGGGAUCUCGGAUCAGGUCAUAACGACAGAGUUUCCGUCGCUGCUCGAGGACCGGUACAUAACACAAAACGGCUUCGAGAGUACAGAGCAGCUCAAACCGACAUAUAAGCUGGUCGCCCACCACUACUUCCGCCUGAGACUACUCCAGUCCGAGAUCCUCCAGGUAUUGCAGUACCAACAAGCCGAAAUUGUCCGGGCUAGCGGGGUCAACCAGGGGAAUCCACACAUGCACACCGAGUUGCCGUCGCCAUUCCUGUCGAGGUUCGAAUCGUUCCGGGCGUGGCGGGUCGACAUCGACAGGAGACUCUGGGACUGGAAGAACUCGGCGCCGAGCAAGCAGGACACGGGCGUGGCCUUUUCGACCGAGUUCCUGGACCUCAACUACUGGCAGGCCGUCAUCAUGCUCUACCGGCAGAGCCUGAGCGUGCCGACCGUGUUCGAGGGCGAGUACGAUACGGCAAAGGAGGUCAACAGCCCCACAAUGUUCAGCGCAGAGCUGCGCGAGGAUGAGGACCGCGUCUAUCUCAAGGUAGCCGAGGCCGGACAGAAGAUUCUGCGCAUCUACCGUCAGCUUCACCUGGUGGGCUUGGUCAACUAUACAUACCUGACCACGCACCACCUGUUUGUGGCGGGAAUAGCCUAUCUGUAUGCGAUAUGGCAUUCCCCCAUAGUUAGGAGCCGGCUGAGUAUGGAUGAAGUGGAUUUCACCAUCCUCGCCGCAACGUCGGUAUUCACGGAUCUGAUGGACAAGUGCCCGCCGGCCGAAGCAUGUCGGGACGCCUUUGAUCGGACAGUCAAGGCGACACUGAAGAUGGUCAAUGCGGCGGGCGGGUUCGGUCAGCGGCAGAAGCAGCACGGCGGCGUUGGCGAGCGGUCCAGCUCCAGGAGCAGCAUUGACCAGCGCCUGGACUGGGGUGCGAGGGGCGGCGGCGGAGUUGGCGGCGGCGAUAGCAGUGCCCCGUCUCUGUCUGGUGCCAGGAGCCACCACCAGCAGCCCCGCCGGCACCCCCGGCGGUCCAUUGAGCACAUCUCGACCCAGGGCCCACAGUUUUCGGACCUUGGCUCUGACACGUACUCCAACAGCGCCUCGUCGGCGUCUCAGCUGUCGGCCUUUCAGAGCUCACACUUUCGCCAGCCCAUCAAGACCGAGCAGGCCGCCGGUGACGGCUUCUCCCUAAUGCGCAACUUGCCCGCCCCGCCAAGAAGCAACGCGAGCUCCUCAGACAUGCCACUCACUCCCGAUGCUGCCGCUGCCGCCGCUGUGGGCUCUCCGCUGAGCGUCGCCGGCAUGCCCCCGCCCCUGGUAGUCGGGGGCCCGAGCAGCACCAGUGGCGGCGCCUUUCCGCAGCAGCCGCAACAGUCGCUGUUUGAUCCCGUCGCAGGCGCGGUGAGCUUCGACGACCUGCAGGGCAUGGACUUUCUACAAGGCCUCGGCAGCGCGGGAUCCGCAGGCCUCGACGGCGACCUCGCCAUGGCUGACGCCGGCGGCAUCGACUUUGGCUUCGGCCUUGGCUGGGAGGGCCUGCAUCACGACUUUAGCGAUGGCGGGCAGCAGUUCGAUCUCUUUGACGGGUUUUUCUUUGGCGGGCAGCAAGGCAAUGGCGGGCAGCAAGGCAACGGUGGGCUCGGCGGCGGG